AUGGCGGAGCCGGCCGGGGCCUUCCACCUGCUGCAGGCCGGGCCGGACCGGUACCUCUGCUACUGCCGCCCCGGCCCCGGCCCCGGCGGCACCGUCUACGUGACCGACGCGCUGGAGGUCUGGGCCGGGGAGCUCGGCGCCCGCCCGCCGCUCGGCUGCCGGUGCCAGCCGGAGGAGCACGGCACGAAGCUCAGGGAGGCCUUGGGGCGGGGGGCCGCCUCGCUGAGCCUGGGUGAGGGGAAGGCCACGCUGCAGCUGCGGGAGGAAGCCCGGUGCUCGGCCCUGGAUCUCUUCAAACUGCCCAUCGCCGAGGCGAGGAGCCAGCUCCAGGCGCUGGUGUUUGGCAUGGCGGUGCGCGUCGAGAGCCUGGAGAGACGCCUGGAAGCAGCGGUGGAGACACUGGCAUCUUCCUGCAGCCCUGAGAAGAACGCUGCCCGGAGCCAGCAGCUCUUUCUGCCAGGUAGGCAGUUGCCAGGGGCACCUCCCCUGGUCCCGCUGCUUGUUUGCCUUCUCUUCCCUAGGAGGCUGCUGGUCCCGUGUCCAUGUGCUCUCCAGGACGCUCUGAGUCCCCUUGGCUGUGGCUGCUGUCAGCUGCCCCACUGUUCUGGUGCCCUUCCUGGCACAGAAGGGGCCAGGGCUCAGCGCGGUGGCUCUCGGGGUGUCUGGGAUGCACUGUGCUCAGGUCAGAUGCCGGGCACGGCCAGGCAGGUGGCUCGCUAGCCUCCAUGAGGAGGUCAGGCUUCGCUGCUCUUCCAGACUGGGGGCCGUGGCAGGUCGAUGGCUCCCUACUCCUUUGGGAGAGGAGACCAGGCUUGGCCCUACCUCACCCACCACAGAUGCUGGGCCUCCCAGAUGGGGCUGCUGGAGGCUCACCCUGGGCAUGGAGGGGCUUGCAGGGCAGCCAAAGCAACUAGCUGACCUUUUGCAAUCCCCAUCCUGCCUGUGCCUGACCGAGGCAGACCCCAGCCCCAGGAAGAACAGGGGUGCUGGCUCAGCUUUGCCGGCCAAGAGGAAGAUCCCGGGAGAG